CUGUCUGCAUCCAACAUCCAACAAGUUACUCCAUUUGGUCUGAUCCUGUCUUGCGCGCUGCCGCUCCGAGGUUCUGUCGGGUUUUUGUUUGUUGGAUUCUUCUUUUUCUUUCUUUCAAUGGGGAUUUCAGUUGAGCUCCUCCUUGAACAUUAACAUCACCGAUCUGUCUGCGAAGGAAUCGUGUUUUUUUCCGGGAGUUUAAAAAGCCCCUUUUGAAACUACAACUAGUUAUGAUUUGGUGCGUAAAGGAGGGGCGCGUGCCAAAGUGAGCCAAUGCCACAGGAAGACAUUGCGCCAAAGAUGUCCACAUUGCUCUACCACCCACUCGAAAUCGAUUGUAUUACCUUCAAGAAGGUGGCUCCUCGUAUAAAUAGGGACGCGUUAUUUCAAGAAAGACGGCGGUGAGCACAAUCUGUUGGCUGCUCUCUCUCUCUCUCUCUCUCUCUCCCUCUCUCUCUUGUCGGGACUACAGACAACGCCUGGAAGAAUUUUACGGAAGACAACUGUGUCCACUCUCCAGGACAUACGCAUCUUUAACGCCUAAACUAACAGUGAAGUCAUGCAGGUGGAGAGGAAAUGGCACAUACUGUUGACUAUCUUCUUUCUGCUCAUCACCUCGGGCCAGUGCAUGGACAGCAAGGAGGUCAAGCAGAAAGAAAGAAGGACCCUGUUGGAUCUAAUCUUACAGGUUAUCAGAGACAGCCAGCAGCGGGACAAAACCCUCUCCAGGCGCUGUAGCAGUGGACUCUUCACUUCACCCCAAGAUAUGAAGUUCUCUUCCCGUGAAAAGCCUUUCUAUGUUCCGAGGCUGGAUAACAGUAGACUCAUAGAAAUUGUUCCUAGAGAUGUAAACAUGAAAGGCAAAUUCAUUCAGCAUUUCACAGCAGGACCAGUCAAGUUCUCGUCGGAGUGCAGAACACACUUUCAUAGACUUUAUCACAACACAAGGGACUGCUCAAGACCAGCAUAUUACAAAAGAUGUGCAAGAUUGCUAACACGAUUAGCAAUGAGUCCACUCUGCAUGCAAUCGUAGAUAUUGCAUGUCAGAAAAUAAUGGAAGAGGGAUCAACGUAUUGCCAAGGAAGUGCCUUCAAAUCCACAACAGUCAUAUGAACGUUGUUGUGUUUAUAGUGUUUCUAUUUUUGUUUUUCUUGUUCUUGGCAUUUUUGAAAAAUGCUUUUGGAUGUUGCUGAAUGUUUUUGAAUGGGUUUGCUUUUUUAAAUUUUACUGUACCUGUGUAUGUACCAUAUACAUUAGUAUUUGUAAGGAAACAUUAAUUUAAUAUUAAAAACACCUAUUUAUUGAAAGGGUAUGUAUAUAAUAAUUUCACAGCCAUUAAAAAAACUGAUUAUUUUGUAAUAAAAGUUAUAUCUCUAAGGAUAUUCUGCUGAUAUUAUGUUCCGUAACUAAUCUUAAAAGAUGUAUCAUGCUCCAUCAUUGUCUUCAUUACAUUUUAUUUGGCACUUGAGUAAUUGCUGACAGUGAGAACAUAUGGAAUGACAUCAGUGGUGGUGAUGCACUGCAGUAUUGAACAAUAAAAAAUAUUGA